UCUCAAAGUCGAGGAGCUCAUUUAGCUCUGGAUGGAUUCGACAGCAAUAGCUUCAAGCUCAAAGUGGGCAGAAACGCACCUCAUGUCUGGCUGCCUGUCACCUCGCUAACGAGAGCCUCGGUCCCUUCUUCACCACCGAAAGGUCAAACGGGUGCUCGAUAAGGAGAUCAGCGCCAAUGCGUCUGCUCAUGUCACGUCGCGAUGUCUAAGGCUCAUGCAUGCUCUGCUGCACAACGUUCAGCAGCAUCCUCAAGAAGCAGAGUAUCGCGCAUUCAAGUCUGCUCAGCCCAAGAUUCACAAAGAGGUGCUGUGCGUGACUGGGGCGAAGGAGUUGCUCCAUCUAGCUGGAUGGAAUACCCGCGUGCGGGACUUCAAAGAAGAAUGGGCCUUUGAUGAGAAAUUCAGGCCCGGCACAGCUGCGUGGUCAAGAUUGGAUUUGGUUGUGCAGUGCCUUGAUGAGCAUGCGAGAAAUUUGGAGGAGACGGCAGAAAGGAUCAAGAGCAUGCAAGAGCGAGAAGCACAAGCUGAGAAGUCUAGAAAGGCGCUGGCCAUGUCGCAAGCUGAAGAGGAUCGCGAGCGUGUACGACGGCGCGUUGAGAGAGAGCGCAUUGCAAGGGAAGCAAAGGCAAAGAGCGAGCUAGCACAGCGCGAAGCCGGGCCGACCCAGUCUCCGUCUGUAUCGACUGUGCAAAGGCAGAGUCCAGAAAGAGGGUCCGCACAGCCCGCUGAAGAAGAGGCAACAGAUGCAGAAGAUGAUUACAUGGAAGUUCCAGGGCACUUCUCAGAGCUCAGUGGUGGGCAACGUCUUGGCGGGAAAGACGGAGCCUGAACGAGCGCGUUACACCGGGCAUCAAGCCGCGACGUAGAAGCGCAUGAGGUGUAUUGCUCGAGAGUAGCAUGCAACCGCAAGGAUCAUUUCGCGAAUCCUAGCUGUGUCACAACAAAUGGACGGUCUAGCCCGUCUACUCCGAUGCUAGAUGCCGACCGGUGACGGGAAGAUGUGAUGCAGGAGCCUCUCUUGAAAUGAGUGCAUGGUCUGCCAAUCCAAUGGCCACAAAGCUGAGCUAAGGAGA